AUGACUACACUUCCUCCAGAGCUUGUGGAAAUAAUCGUAUCCCAAGUCUGGUCCUCUGCUAUGCCAUCUUACAUCCGAAAGUCGUUCAUGACAACUUGCCCCAGGAUCAACCGAAUGUGGAAGGACAUCUAUGCCCCUAUCGCUUCUCAGGAUAUGUACAUCACCAACCUCACAUUUCUAGACUACCUAUGCGACAUCGCACACCGCAAAAAAUCCAUUAUCUACCACAACUUCAUCCCCCGGCUUACCCGCACCAUUACGUGCUUCAUCGACCUCCGAGAAGAUGGAAGGGAAGGAGCGGUGAAAAGAGCGUAUUGUUAUCUCUUCGGGCUACCGAACAUUCGGGGUUUUGAUGCACUGUUUCCGCAUAUUCCAUACAUAUCUUUCCAGCUCAUCUGGAUCGGCGUUGGGCCGUAUUCACCUUUACAGUUUCUCCGUGGUAUACCCAUUCAAGCACGUUAUGACCGAUUCCUGUCUACUGCCUUCUCCCUUGACUGCCCACGCUGGAAGACACAAAUGGACGUAUACAUUGCCAUGACGGAUCCAGAUCCUUCAUCGGUCAUACGCGACUCGACCUGGUCCAACACGUUGUGCCACUUGCGCGGUGUUGGUGUCCCUGGGUUCUUCUUUGGAAUCUUCGUAGCAUCUCUGGGACCGUAUGAGAUGUUCGUUACUGAGGGUGUCCGACACCUCCGUCAAACCACGUAUAUAGCUGAGAGAAAUCUUGAAGACUAUGAUCCAAGGAAAAUCAAUAAGCGUUUGUGGAUGGCUUCCAAUAGGCGUCGCGUUACCCAGAAUAGGUUUGGUGUAGAGUCGCUAUUUAAGGACAUUAUGUUUUGA